AUGUUUCGACAAAGCAAUUUCUAUUAAUUCAAAAUUGAGUCAGCAUGGAAUGGCAAGGGUAACUAAAUUUAAGUAUUAUUAUUUAGGAUCUGAACUAUAUAAAUUGAAUCAAUAUUAAGAGGCAAUUUAAUGUUUCAACAAAGCAAUUUCUAUUAAUUCAAAAAUUGAGUCAGCAUGGAAUGGCAAGGGUAACUAAUUUUAAGUAUUAAUAUUUAGGGUCUGCACUAUAUUAAUUGAAUCAAUAUCAAGAAGCAAUAAUAUGUUUCAAUGAAUCAAUAUCUAUUAACCCUAAUUUUUCUUCUUUAUGGUAUAACAAGGGUAAUUCAUCGUUAACUAUUUAUAUUUAGGGAAGAUAUUAUACAGCUUGAAACAAUAUCAAGAAGCAAUUAAAUGUUUCAAUGAAGCAAUAGCUAUUGAUCCUUAAAAUGAGAUUGCUUGGAAUUAAAAGGGUAAUUAAUUGUUAACUAUUUAUAUUUAGGGAGGACAUUAUAUACAUUGAAACAAUAUCAAGAAGCAUUACAAUGUUACAAUGAAGCAAUAUCUAUUAACCAUAUUCAUUCUUUUGCAUGGUAUAACAAGGGUAAAUAAAUAUUAAAUAUUAAUAAUUAGGUAAUGUAUUAAAAAAAUUGAAACAAUAUCAAGAAGCAAUUGAAUGUUACAAUAUAUCUAUAUUUAUUAACCCCAAAUGUGAUGGAGCAUUUGAAAAUAAAGGUGUAAAUAUUUUUUUUUAUUCAGGUUUAAUCCUAAACAAAUAAUAAAAAUUUAUGGAUGCACUCUCAAAUUUCGAGUAAGCCCUUUAGUUAAAAACUACUGCAUUUAGAUUUAAAUAUAAAGGUAAAUUCUUCUGUAACAAUAAUUUUAGCUGAUUCAUUAUUUGAAUUACGUAGAUAAUAAGAAGCUAAAUACUUUUAUUUGGUUGCAUAGGGACUUGGAUUGGGUUAGAAUGCUUAUAUACAAAAUUAACUGUCAAAAUUAUGA